AUGUCUUUGGAAGCCAAGGAGAAUGGUAGCGGCGUCGAGCAGCUUCGAGCCCAAAUCAAGACGUACGAAAAGGACUUUUUAUACAACCAUGGCCGCAAACCAGAGCGAGGCGACAUCAAAAAGGACGCGACGAUAGCUGCAAAAUACAAAGCAUAUCAGCUUGCCACCAAACCGCCUCCGCUCUCGAGCACACCGCAGAAACGCACACGACCAAGCAUUGCCCGAGAUGCACUGCAAGAGAAGCAGAGCCGCACUGCGGCAAUCACGCCCAAGAAGCAUACGCCAUCAAAGUCGAGACGGGCAGAAACACAACAGAGCAUCCUCUCGCCAGUCCACGAAGUUGAGCCGACUCCCGCUCACAUUCGCCUCCAAUUAGGCCCAACUCCGCAGAGGGAUGGCCAGGUACUGGGUAUAUUCGACACGAUCGCCGGCACGCCUUCGAAGACUGAGUCCGCAGAAUCAAUUCAUGCAGAGCUCUUAGUCGCUGGAACCCCGAGUAAGCCUACGGCAGUCGAUCCUGCGUUGUCAAAGACGCCUCAGUCUUCGAGCAAGCGCUUCUUUCUAGAUGCAUUCGCGGGAACACCACUCAAGCGCAAGCGUGACGACGAUAUUGGAAGUACAAGUGCGUCCAAACGGAAGUUUGCUACGCCUUCAUUUCUGCGGCGGAGUUUUCCUCUCGCCUCCAUCGAGGAGGACAGCGCAGAUGUAUCGGCAGCUAUGCCACCACCAUUCAGGAAGCGCGGCUUGGUUCGCAGUCUGAGCAGUAUCAUUCAGGGCUUGAGGAAACAGGAAGAGGAGCGUAUGGACGAUGAUUGGGACUUGAUGAAUGAGAUUGAACAGGAGCAAGAAGGCGGUGGCAUCGCGAAAGACACAGCGAAGGUGCUGGUACAGGACAGCCAGCCUGGUGAGAUGCCAUUGGGGCCCGAUCAGGCUCCUGAAUCUAGCGAGGAUGAAGAGGCGCCUGGGAGAGGGGACAGACCUCGCAAACCAUGGAAGAAGAAGGGCUUGAAGAGGCAGACGCGCAGGGUCAUCAUGCGGCCCGUAAAACACGAGGCUGGCAAGAAAGAUGAGCUUGUGGAGGAAGCUUGUAGCGAUGCGGAAGUUGUUUCAGAAACACAACCCAGAGAGCCAGUGCUGGACGAGGACAAGUUCGGCUUAUCUGAUGAAGACGAGUCUGCAGGGAAGACGACGAAGCAGAAGAAACACYCCCCAGCGCAGGACGACGCCAGCACGAUGAAAGCAAAGCCCGGGAGAAAGGUCAAUGAUUUGGCACAUGCAAAUUUUCGGAAGUUGAAGAUCAAGAACAAGAACUCCAAAGCCAAUGGCAGAGGUCGGAAGUUCGGCGGCAGGCGAUAG